GAGAGUUCGAAUCAUCCUACUCAAAUUGGAAAACUAUUUCACAAAGUAGGUGAUAUGAAGUUUAUACCUGACAACAUGAUUCCUGGGGUUGGACACAUAAAGAAUAUGAUAACCCGUUCUAUUGUGGAAUGCAGUCUCCAAUGUGUAAAAACAAAAAAAUGCGCCCAGAUUAACGUUGAAAAAGUGACAGAGAGAACAUGGAAUUGCGAUUUAUUUGGAUGGGGCACUGGCUCAAAAGUAAGCAGUCCGGGUCAUCAACAUUACACUAUGAUGUUUAGUGAAUGCAAGGGCGGUUUUCUAACAAACAUUUACAACGGGUCAGCGUAUUGCUUUCACCAAGGGCCCUUGAAUUGGACUGACGCAGAGAUCAAAUGCCUUGAGUAUGGAGCGCAUUUGGUAACCAUAGAGACCGAAAGUGAAGAAAUAGCCCUAGAGACUCAUGCAUUUACAUAUGGCCAAAAUAAUCUAUUCUUUCACAUUGGCCUUAAUGACCGAGCUGUUGCGAAUGACUACAUCUGGACAGGAUCGAGGAAAAGUGCUACAUAUUAUGCUUGGGGCACAGAUGAACCGAACCCAGACGAUGAUUCACACUGUAUUGCUUUAUCUUCCUAUCGGAAUUAUAAAUGGGCCGAUAUCCCAUGCUCUACCUAUAAAGUUGGUUUUAUUUGUGAACAAUAAGUAUAUAUAACAAUUAAUGGACAAGGAAUGUGAUAACUGUUUGAAUAGAAAAAAGAAAGAUCGAAUACGGGAAAUGUAGGUUUGAACUCGAAUAUAAAACUGAAAAGUUCAAGCAAGAAAAAUGCACAAGAGUUUAUACAAAAAAUAGUUUGAUGUGUUUUUCUUACUUGAAGUUAUCAACACUUGCUUUGAUUUUUUUCCUAUUUGCUGUUUUUAAAAGAUUUUGAGGUAUAUACAUUUUUCUUGUUUGAUGUUUUAAACAUAAUUUCAAAUAUAAAGAAUGAAUCAAAUGUGAUAUUAACAUUGGAUUUUGAUGCUUUCCGACCAAUUAGUGUGUAUAUGGCAUAGUAAGUAGAGCAUAAUAUAUGUUCGGGCAUGGCUUUUCGUUAAUAGUGCAUUUCAAAAAUAUAUAUUUGCAGUGUACAUGUAGACAAAAGAAUGAUAUAGCAUUUGUUUCCCAAAUGGCACAAGGCCCAAUUUACGACAAUUGUUAUUUCAAAUAUGUACAACUGACCUAUCAAUCUAUUCCUUACGAUCUCAAAUACAAUACCUCCUAAAAGAUCUGCAAUAUGUUUUAAAUUGGUG